AGAGCUGAGCUCAUGACAAAGGUGUCUGGGAUGGGGGUGGUGUGGGGAGGUGAAGAGUGUUGUCACUCAAGGCAGGAUGCACAGUAAGUCUUUAUUAGCAGGGGCAGGAGCAGACCCAGGGAAAGCUGCAUACAGAGUGGAAGGACAUUCCCUCUCCUGCUGGAAGGACAGCUGAGUCAGGAUUUGGAAGGUGAAUUCACAACUCUAAGGAGAGCAGAAACGAUGGACACCGAACAGGAGGUGAAAUGGGCAACGGAACUAAUUGAUCAGAAAUUGGCUCAAGAGGAGGAGCAAAAAAAACACUGUUCCAGUCCCCCUGCACAUCCACCAGGGGUGGCAAGGAUAGACACCCCACUUCUGGAGGAUGAGAAGAAGCAUGGACCUGCCAACAAAGGCAUUGAGGGACUUAAGGGACAAGAAAGAGUGCGGAAGAGUUCUGUGGACCUGAGGCGGGAGAUAAUUGAAGUUGGUGGCACUCAAUACCUUUUUGAGCUACGGAAAAAACCCAAAAAGAAGAAGGAGGAGAAGAAACCAGAGCCUGAGCCAGAGGAAAUUACAGGCCCUGUGAGCGAAGAAGACUUCUUGAAGGGUGCUGUACAUGGCAAGCUGCAUGUGGUGGAGAAGUUCCUGGCAGACGGGGGCUCCCCAGACACCUGUGAUGAGUUCCGCAGGACAGCUUUGCACCGAGUCUCACUUGAGGGACAUAAAGAAAUUGCAGAGAAGCUCUUGGCUAGAGGUGCCACCGUUGACUUCAGAGAUCGUCUGGACUCCACAGCCGUGCAUUGGGCCUGCCGUGGUGGACACCUAGAGAUUGUGAAGCUGCUGCAGGAAAAGGGUGCUGAUCUCAAUGUCAAGGACAAGCUUCUCAGCACCCCUCUACAUGUGGCUACUCGUACCGGCAUGCCUGAGAUUGUGGAGCACCUGAUAAACAAUGGAGUGAAUAUCAAUUCCCGUGAUCGGGAGGGAGAAAGUGCCCUGCAUGAUGCUGUGCGCCUCAAUCGCUACAAGAUCAUUAAGAUGUUGAUUCAGCAUGGGGCUGACAUGUUGGCCAAAAAUCUGGCUGGCAAGACUCCAACAGACCUUGUGCAGCUAUGGCAGGCAGACACACGGGAAGUACUGGAGAAGCAGGAGCCAAAUGCAACGGAAAUGCCAGCAUGAAAAACGGAUGGACCAACAAGGGCAGAUGGAACUUCAAGCAAGAAUGGUUUUGGGCUCAGAGACUGUCAUUAAAAUUCAAUAAAAAACUAACAAAGGAAAAAAAACAGUGGCAGCCCAUUCACUGCCUGGUCCCCUCUUGGGAAUGCACUGUCUUGUUAAAAACCUGUAAGAUAUGUAGAAAUUUAAUAGUUGAAGCAUUCUUCAUUGCAAUAUUUCUGUUGGUUGCAUAUGUGAAAGUUCUUUCAUACAGCUGAUAAAGGCACGAGAGCCUUGCCAAAUAAAGAACUAAUCUUAUAU